UGCUGUCUCCAUGCAGAAGUUGUUUUUGGAGAGUCUAAGAAAGGCCCUGGCUGGUCACAGUAGCAGCAAGCAGUUGACUGAGAGUGCAGCCAUUGCCUGUGUGAAACUGUCUAAAGCCUGCACAUACAUUAACUGGGAGGAUCAUUCCGUCAUCUUCCUUCUGGUGCAGUCUAUAGUAAUGGACCUCAAAGCUCUCCUGUUCAACCCCACCAAGCCGGUCCCCAGGGGCACCGGGUGCCAGAGUGCUGACAUGGACCUGAUGAUCGACUGCUUUGUGUCCUGCUUCCGCAUCAGCCCACACAACAACCAGCACUUCAAGUCUGUGUUGUCAGCAGAAUCUGGAAUGGUCCCAGCCACCUCUUUGCUUUCCAGCUUUUCCUUCUGA